AUGGGGUCAUCCGAAGAUCGCUCUCCUCAGCCCGAACCCGGAUUGAAACCCGAGGGCCACAUUGAAGCGCUCACAUCAGAUCUUCCUCCUCUCACCACAACCACGGAGCGCAGGCUCAUGGCCAAGAUUGACUGGCACAUCGUCCCGUGUCUCUGCGUCCUGUAUCUGCUUGCUUUCCUGGAUCGUGUCAACAUCAGCAAUGCGGCCGUACUCGGGCUCGAGACGGACCUCAACAUCGCUACGGGGACGAAGUACAAUACCGCGCUCACUAUAUUCUUUGUGCCCUACGUUAUAUUCGAAAUUCCAUCCAAUAUCUUGCUGAAGAAGUUGAAACCUCAUGUAUGGUUGUCUUUUUGUAUGUUCGGGUUCGGCCUUGUCAUGAUAUGUCAGGGUUUGGUCUCAAACUGGGGUGGAUUGAUGACUACACGCUGGUUCCUGGGAAUGUUUGAAACGGGCAUGUUCCCUGGAUGCUUCUAUCUUUUGGGCAUGUGGUAUAAGCGCAGCGAGGCACAGAAGCGCUUUAGUUUCUUCUUCAGCUCGACCACGCUAGCGGGCGCCUUCGGCGGUCUGCUUGCCAGCGGUCUAGGAAAGAUGGCCGGACUCCGAGGCUACGGGGGCUGGCGGUGGGUUUUCAUCAUCGAGGGUGUUAUCACUUGCGUGGUUGCCAUUGUCUGGUUCUUUAUCAUCCCAGGGUUCCCAGAGGAUGUCAAGUGGCUUAAUGAGGAAGAGCGAACGUACAUCCGGGCUAAGCUGGCCCGUGAUGCAGGGAAAGCUGGGCACGAUGCUCGUAUGGGUUGGCGCGAUGUGUUGGCCGUCUUCAAGGACUACAAGAUCUUCCUUGGCGGGUUUAUGUACUUCGGGCAGGUUGUCACAGCAUAUGGAUAUGCUUUCUUCGCCCCGACUAUUAUCAAGACCUAUGGCUACGGAACCAUCCAAACCCAACUGUACUCGAUUCCACCAUGGGCAGCUGCGUUUGCAUUCUCGAUGGUAAUCGCAACGUUUUCUGAUUUAACCAGACAUCGGCUGGCUUUCACUUUGAUUCCUACAGCAAUUGCUAUGGCUGGAUUUGGAAUACUAUUGAAUGUGCACGGAGAGGCUCAUCGACACGUCCAAUACGGCGCGCUCUUCAUGGUGACCUGUGGCUGCUAUAGUGCGAUGCCGGUUAUUGUAUGUUGGUUUGCUAUGAACCUAGGGGGUCAUCGCAGGCGCAGCGUGGGCACGGCAUGGCAGGUUGGGUUCGGGAACACGGGAGGUAUCAUCUCCACAUAUGCAUUCCUAGCCAAAGAUGCACCUGAGUAUCGGAAUGGCUAUAUUAUUAGUCUGUCCUUCAUCUGCUUCUCCGCGGCCUGCUGCAUUGGAUACUUUGUGGCUCUCUGGGCGGAGAACAAGCGACGAGACCGGGUCAUGGCCAAUGGCGCCCCCGCGGAGCUGCGAGAAGAUGAAGAAGAGGUCCAGGGAGAUCUGGCGGUGACCUACCGUUACGGCUAUUAA